GACGCACAAACACUCUCUCACUGUGUCUGCUCCGCUCUAUGUAUCAUAGUCACCGUCUGUGCGUUCAAAGGAUUCGAGUGUGUCCACCUUUCCCUCCCUUCCAGCAUUAUUUCUGCCCCUGACUCUUGAUUUUUGCCCUGCCCAGCACGGAGCUGUGCGCGCGUGCCGCUGGGGGGGGGGGGGAUUGGCUGACUCGAUAGGAGGAAAAAGAGACGGGAGAACUGUGCGGGCAGGAAGGAUGCGCUCGUUGCUGCAGCUUCUGAUUCAAUUAGCAUGAAUUUCACAGCAGAGGCAGUAGCGGCAGCAUCAUCACCAGACUCUCUCAGCAAGCCAGCUGCUGCACCUUGUGUCGGAGCUCUAUUGAGAGGACCAGUGGCUGCUUCUAAUCUGCUUCCCACCCUGGAGAGCACUGUUUAAAGGGGCAGAGAAACGGAAUUUUAUCCUCCAAGGUUGAAGAGCAGUCAGAAGUAGGACGGAGCGUGGUCACAAGUCCAAGGAUUAGGAGCAUGUUAUGUUGAACUGAACAUCAACCUCUCUGAUGCUUUGGUUGUGGUUUAAUCCUGUUAAGGUGUCUUUCUUGGUCCUGCUCUGCAUUCCAUGACCCAUAUUGAUUUGUUUGUCAGAAAAAAGGAGAGAAAUUCAGCAACGUCGCACUUGGAAAUAGCCAAUCGUUUUGCCCUCUUGUCGACAUCCCUUUUUUAAAUUUGUUUUUACUAUCCAGUCAUUUAUUCUCUUUAUUCAUCCCUUGUUUUUCUGAUUUCAGCUGCAGACUGAAAGGAUUCAGAGCUCUUUCAGGGAUUCGAAGCCCCAAAACAGGAUUUGGCUGCUCCUUCAUCGCAGCACCCUUGUCUCUGCUCUUAUUUUUUGCCUCUCCAGUUUGCACUCUGAUUUUACUUCUAUGUAUCUUUUUUUCAUUCUCCUGCUCUUCUGGUCUUCUAUGUUGGUUCCUAAAAGCUCAGAUGGGAUGGAAUGAGUCUUUUUCUUUGUGAUGCAGACUUGGAUUAUGGGUGGAGAAGCCCUCUGAAGCUCUCCCCAAGGCAAAGGAAACCCUAUCAAACAAUUAACUCAAAGAGCUGUACACAAGACAUUUUUCAAGGAGCUAAAAUGGAGUCUUUUGUUCACUAAAUCAGUGCUGCUAAGCUUUGGUUAAUGGAUUUAGGUUGUUCUUUAAACAAAAUAGGUUAAGUUUAUUAUCAAAAGGUUUAAGUGUUUUGGGAGAGGAGUCGGAGUUGUUGUGGUUCUCAAGGAUCAAGUCAGACGCAUUUGGAUAUCAGCACUAGACUGUUGGAGAAUUCUUGGGGUUCUUUCAUUUCAGGAAGGAUUUUGUCUUUUUUUUCUGUUUUUAAUUCCAAUUGUUUUUGGGAUUUUCAAACCGGGAUCUUUUUUUUUUUUUUUUUUUGGCUUAUAUUUUUAUUCUGAAUUUCCUUUCCUCCCUGGGCUGGAAGGCUGGGGAUCAUGGGCCCAGGAUUCAUUUAAGAUGUUCACUUCCUGUGUGUGUCGUAUGAGGGGGAGGGGCCUUACAAUCCUUUCAGGCCCCACCCCUAUGGAACAGGAGGUGGAAGUGGAGGUGGAUGGAGGGUUACUAAUGGUAUCCAGGCCAAGUGCGGCAUCACCUGUGGUGUGGGCUAGUCCAGCAUUCCUGUUUAGGCUGGUGCUCUCUCUGGCACUGCUAGUUUUCCCGUGCCCAGCCGUGGCCGCACGAGUCUCUUCUUCCCUCAGUACCACCCACCAUGUCCACCACUUCCACAACAAGCAUGGCACUGUGCCCAUUGCCAUCAACCGGAUGCCCUUUCUUACACGUGGGGGCCAUGCUGGGACAACAUACAUCUUCGGGCGAGGCGGAGCCCUCAUCACAUAUACCUGGCCACCCAAUGACCGGCCGAGCACACGGGCAGACCGGCUGGCAGUGGGCUUCAGCACACAGCUGAAGGAGGCUGUUCUCGUCAGGGUGGAGAGUGCCAGGGGACUGGGAGAUUACCUGGAGCUGCACAUAGAACGGGGAAAGGUCGGCGUGAUCUUCAACGUGGGAACAGACGAUAUAACCAUCGAGGAGAGCGCGGUGAUGGUGAGCGACGGCAAAUACCACGUGGUGCGAUUCACACGCAGUGGUGGAAACGCCACGCUACAGGUGGACAACCAGCCCGUCAUUGAACGUUUCCCCUCAGGGAACUUUGAUAAUGAGCGCCUGGCUAUUGCUAGACAAAGAAUCCCAUACCGACUUGGUCGGGUAGUUGACGAGUGGCUACUCGACAAAGGUCGCCAGCUGACCAUCUUCAACAGCCAAGCGUUCAUCAAAAUCGGUGGUGGAGAGAAAGGGCGCCACUUCCAGGGCCAGAUCUCAGGCCUGUACUACAACGGCCUGCAGGUCCUCAAACUAGCAGCCGAGGGCGACCCCAACGUCCAGACCCAGGGCAACCUGAGGCUGGUGGGUGACGUGCCCUCGGUGCUGACUACCGACACCACCUCCACCACCCCGCUGGCUGAUAUGUCCACCACAAUCAUGGAGACAACCACCACCAUGGCCACAACCACCACCCGCAAACAGCGCUCGCCAACCAUGAGGGACAGUGUGACACAGAAUUCAGACGACCUCCUGGUAGCAUCGGCUGAAUGUCCUAGCGAUGACGAAGAUUUGGAGGAGUGCGAGCCUGGAAAUGGAGGUGAAUUAGUGUUGCCCAUUAUUACAGUGGACUCCCUAGACCCCCCAUCUAUCGCCACCCACUACCCAGUAAUACCCCCGCCCCCCACCACUUACCGCCCUUUCCUCACCCUGCUUGAAACCACCAAAGAAUCCCUCCCCUUGCCCAACGGCCGGCCCCCUUGCCCCUUGGACCAGGAGGACUGCGAGGAGACCAUCGAGGUGUCGGCGUACGGUUCGGGGGAGAUGACCGAGUCAGAUGACGAGGACUAUUACAAAAAUUCCGCCCUGGUCACCGACAGGACUGUCCUCCCCCCUCCCCCGGCCGUCGAGGGUGGCGUCCAAAACCCCCGAGACCGCCAUUUCUCCCGCUUCCCCAACUCCCGCCCCCCUUUCUCCUCCACCCCCACAGCCAACCCCGAUCAGCUGAACCCGCGCAUCAAGUCAGCCGGCGGCGGCAGCAGCAGUAGUAGCAACAACAUCCCUGCCGGGAAAAUGAACACCCGGGACCAAGUGCUGCUGCCGCCGGCCCAGCCCUCUUUGGAUCCAGGCCACCGUAGAGUCCCAGGUAUAACCUAUCCCCCAAAUUUCCCUCAUGUUCCCACUCCAGACCCCACGUCUCCAGAGAGAGGGCUCCCGGGUGCCGUAGAAGUGCAGCAGUCGAGCAGCACCACCGGGAUGGUGGUGGGCAUCGUGGCAGCCGCUGCCCUCUGCAUCCUCAUCUUGCUGUACGCCAUGUACAAGUACCGCAACCGCGAUGAGGGCUCCUAUCAGGUGGACCAGAGCCGUAACUACAUUAGCAACUCAGCCACACAGAGCAAUGGGGCCCUGGUGAAGGAGAAACAGCCCAGCACUGCCAAGACGGUCACCAAGAACAAGAAGAACAAAGACAAAGAGUACUACGUCUGAGGGAGUGCCGCCGUGACACACAGGGGCAGACAGCAGAGCACUUAGAAAAGGAAAGAGACGGCGGGGAGAAGGAGGGAGAGAAGGCAGUAUGUGGGAAAACUGCAAACACAUCACAGUGGCUAAUUCAUUUCAAACUUCAAGUAUUGUCAGGUGCUCAUAUGUGUUACCAGUUCAUCUCGAAUCAGAGGGAGGCAGCGAAAUGAGAUGGCACAGUGACAUCACAGCUCUCCUCACACAUUUCCACAUUGCUUUGAUUGAUUAGACUAAACUUCAGUUGCAUUCAAUGCUAACCACAGUGUGGAUUUAAGGAAAGGCUAUUACAUCUCUACACAUACCGUGCCAACAACCACGUAGCAAAUGCUGAUAAAGCAGUGAUUCAUGGGUUAGCCUGAGUACUGUAGGAAAGCAUCGCCAUCAGUAUUUGUGUCAAGGCCUGUACUUGAUUCUGAGGAGAACCUGCGUCACCUUAGACAGUAUCAAACAGAUUUUUUUUUCCAACCGGCCUCAAAUUAGCAGAUCAAUAUACUGCCAGCUUAGAGAAACACUGUGUCAAAUCCAGCUCCUCCACCUCUGUAAGUGUUCGACACCUCCGAUCUCUCGCCUCUCAUCGGAUCUCUCUCUCUCCUUCUCGUUCACCCACGAACUCUGUUUCUCUCCUUGUCUACGGUGCCCAGCAGCCGAUGCGAUGUAAACUCUGCCGUGUUUCAAGCAUGUAGUAUUCAUUUACGAAAAAGAGAUAAACUGUUUUUCCUUUCUGUGGAGUUUAAAAAAAACAAAAAAAUAUGACGCCGAUGACUGAUGAUCGUAACAACAUUAAAAGUAGCAACUACGUGAGAUGCCACCGCUCCAACCUAACGGAUGCUAAAUUGUACGUUUAGCCGCCAAAAACUCAUCGAGGCCAAAAAAAACACCCCUUUGGUCGUCCUUUGUUCCAGCAGAUCUGUGUCAUGUGUAUCUGGGGCUCUGAGGUGCCCCCUAGUGGGCCAGCAGAGAAACUGUCACGUCCUUACAAGUUACUAAUCACCGAAAAACAGAAAAAACCUCCAGCAAACAAGAUGAACUCUGUUCUAUAUAAUUAUAAAUAUAUGUAUAGACGUUGCAGAAACAUAUGGACCUAUGUGAACGAAUCAAAAAGUGCGUUUGCUGAGACGUGCACAGCAAAAGAUGGGAUUCUUGAACAGCUUCACCGUCCAACCCCCCCGUUCCUCAGACCCCUGCCCCCCCACUUCAUGAACAGUGCGGCUGAUGGAAUGCCUUGCUGCAAGACUCAGUCACUUUGGUUUGCUCUUUUCUUUUCUUUUUUUAAAUUUCUUUUCAUUUCUGGAGGAAUGAGAGACAUUUUAGGGAGAUUCUGAAUUCAUUCGUGUUGGAGUUCCACUGUGGAGAGAGAUACCUUGCAGCAGCUGAAAAAGAGCAACUGUGUCGUUCGCCCCUCUCUAGCCUGACUGGACUGACGGCAGCCCGCGGGCAAAGCGAACUUAAUGGGAAGAGCACACAAAUAAAAGGAGAACAGCAGUUCCCUGAAAGAUGUA